AUGAAGAUAAUAACAUAUUUUGUUACUACACUUUUGGUCGUGCAUACAUCGUAUUCUACGAGCAUUAAACUUCCACCGAGAAAUCCAUGCGUGUGCACGAGGAUCCGUAAACCUGUCUGCGGAAGUGACGGAAAAACGUACAGCAGCGAAUGCAUCUUAGAAUGUUACAACUGGGAAAACAAAGGCAAUGACCCAGUUCAGAAAGUGAGCGAAGGAGAAUGUCCACUGGAGUGCCCUUGCCCUUUUAUCCUCGCACCGGUUUGUGGCGACGACGGUAACACAUAUAGCAACCAAUGUGAACUCGACUGUAAAAAUAAAAGCUUAGAAAAAACAGGAGAUGUAAUAAAAAAAGUAAGCGAUAGUGAAUGUCCAGAAAUAUGUGCUUGUCCUCUUCUCCACGCACCGGUUUGUGGUGACGACGGUAACACAUAUAGCAACCAAUGUGAACUCGACUGUAAAAAUAAAAGCUUAGAAAUAACAGGAGAUGUAAUAAAAAAAGUAAGCGAUGGUGAAUGUCCAGAAAUAUGUCCUUGCCCUUUGAUCUACGCACCAGUUUGUGGAGAAGAUGGUGAGACAUAUGGCAACGAAUGUACGUUGAAUUGUAAAAAUAAAGAGCUGAAGCAGAAAGGUCAAAAUCCUAUACAAAUUGUGAGCCACGGCAAGUGUCCAGAACUUUGCGUAUGUACCGCUAACAUUAAGCCUGUUUGCGGUGACGAUGGUAACACAUACAGUAACGAAUGUUUAUUGGAAUGCGAAAAUAAUAAAUUAGAAAGCCAGGGUAAGGACCUUAUAAAAAAAGAUUACGACGGCAAAUGUGUGGAAUGCGCCUGUCCAGCAAAUUUAGCACCCGUCUGUGGUGACGAUGGUAACACAUACAGUAACGAAUGUUUAUUGGAUUGCGAAAAUAAUAAAUUAGAAAGCCAGGGUAAGGACCUUAUAAAAAAAGAUUACGACGGCAAAUGUGUAGAAUGCUCCUGUCCAGCAAAUUUAGCACCCGUCUGCGGUGACGAUGGUAAUACGUACAGUAACGAGUGCUUACUGAAAUGUGAAAAUAAAAAACUGAAAAUCAAGGGGCAGCAUCUUGUAAAGAAGGAUUACAACGGUGAAUGUGAGUAUUGCCCCUGUCCAGCGAAUUUGGAUCCUGUCUGUGGUGACGAUGGUAAAACAUAUGGCAACGAAUGCGAACUUAACUGCAAAAACGAUGUAUACAAACGCAAAGGGAAAAAAUCGAUUGCAAUAAUUAGCAAAGGAGCUUGUGAAGACAAUUGCAUCUGCGCCGAUGUAUAUAAACCAAUAUGCGGAAGUGAUGAGAAAACCUACGGAAAUAGCUGCAAGUUAGGUUGUAAAAACAAAGAACUAAAAAAGCAAAAUAAACCACUAAUUCACCAGCUUUACGAGGGAGAGUGCGAUGAAGGCUGUUUCUGCCCUCAAGUAUUUCAACCUGUCUGUGGAAGUGAUGGCAAGACUUAUGGCAACGGAUGUGAGUUGGGAUGUCGAAACAAAGAGCUAAAGAAACAAAAUAAACCUCAAAUUAAUCAACUCCAUGAGGGAGAGUGUGAAGAAAAAUGUUUCUGCCCAGACAUCUAUCAACCGGUCUGUGGAAGCGAUGGCAAAACUUAUAGCAACGGUUGUCAGUUGGGAUGUUGCAACAAAGAGCUAAAGAAACAGAAUAAACCUCAGAUUAAACAACUUUAUGAGGGAAAGUGUGAAGACGAAUGUAUCUGUCCAGCAAUCUACCAACCUGUCUGUGGAAGCGAUGGCAAGACUUAUGGCAACAGUUGUGAGUUGGGAUGUCGAAACAGAGAGCUAAAGAAACAGAAUAAACCUCAGAUUACACAACUUUAUGAGGAAGAGUGUGAAGAAGAAUGUUUCUGUUCAGCAAUCUACCAACCGAUUACCCAACUUUAUGAGGGAAAGUGUGAAGACGAAUGUAUCUGUCCUGCAAUUUACCAACCUGUCUGUGGAAGCGAUGGCAAGACUUAUGGCAACAGUUGUGAGUUGGGAUGUCGAAACAGAGAGCUAAAGAAACAGAAUAAACCUCAGAUUAAACAACUUUAUGAGGGAGAGUGCGACGAAGGCUGUAUCUGUACUGCAAUUUACCAACCUGUCUGUGGAAGCGAUGGCAAGACUUAUGGCAACAGUUGUGAGUUGGGAUGUCGAAACAGAGAGCUAAAGAAACAGAAUAAACCUCAGAUUAAACAACUUUAUGAGGGAGAAGAGCUAAAGAAACAGAAUAAACCUCAGAUUAAACAACUUUAUGAGGGAGAGUGCGACGAAGGCUGUAUCUGUACUGCAAUUUACCAACCUGUCUGUGGAAGCGAUGGCAAGACUUAUGGCAACAGUUGUGAGUUGGGAUGUCGAAACAGAGAGCUAAAGAAACAGAAUAAACCUCAGAUUAAACAACUUUAUGAGGGAGAGUGCGACGAAGGCUGCUUUUGCCCUCAAGUGGUUCUACCUGUCUGUGGAAGCGACGGCAAGACUUAUGGCAACAAUUGUGAAUUGGGAUGUCGAAACAGAGAGCUAAAGAAACAGAAUAAACCGCAGAUUAAACAACUUUAUGAGGGAGAGUGCGACGUAGGCUGUGUCUGUACUAAAAUGUACCAACCUGUCUGUGGAAGCGAUGGCAAGACUUAUGGCAACAGUUGUGAGUUGGGAUGUCGAAACAGAGAGCUAAAGAAACACAAUAAAACUCAGAUUAACCAACUCCAUGAAGGAGAGUGUGAAGAAAAAUGUUUCUGUCCAGAAAUCUAUCAACCAGUCUGUGGAAGCGAUGGAAAGACUUACGGUAAUAAUUGCAAGUUGGGUUGUAGAAACAGAGAACUAGAUAAACUUAAGAAACCUCUCAUUGACGCAUUGUACGAAGGUGAGUGCGAGGAGGGAUGCGUCUGCCCUCAAGUUAUUCAGCCAGUCUGUGGAGACGAUGGACAAACUUAUACCAAUGAAUGUGAGAUGUCCUGUGAAAGCAGAGCCUUGGUGCGAAUAGGUCUAUCUCCACUUACAGUAACUAACAGAACUCAAUGUACAUUCCGUUGUAAUUGUUACAAAUCGGUCGUUCCCGUUUGUGGUACAGACGGUAAGUCUUAUAAAAACCUCUGCAUUCUUCAAUGCGCGAGUAUGAACAAGCAGGCGCUACCGGGUGGAACUGCAAUAGGUGUCCAAUAUUCAGGAGCCUGUCAGCAGUGUACUUGUCCACAAAAGAAUCACCCGGUAUGUGGCACCGAUGGAAAUACCUACGCCAGCGAUUGUCAUUUGACAUGCGAAAUGAAUCGAAUUCAACGUUUAGGCGGAAACUUGUCCAUUGCUCAUAAGGGUGAGUGUGGAUGUGUUUGCCCUCAGAUCGACGAACCGGUAUGCGCAAGCGAUGGCAACACUUAUGGCAACAAAUGCGUCCUUGAUUGCGAGAAUAGAGUAAGACAUAAUCAGAACCAGGGGCCCCUGCACGUUGUGUUCUAUGGACAGUGCAAGCCUUACAGUUACUUCAACUGCAACGCUUGUCCGCAAAUUUACCGCCCCGUCUGCGGUACCGAUGGCAACACUUAUUGGAAUAUUUGCUUCCUCUUCUGCAAUAGUCGCUGCAAUAUAUUCAACAGAUUGCCCACUGUCAGGCUGUGCAGCUACGGGCCUUGUUAG